CCUGACCCAGGCUCGUCGAAUCGGACCCCGUCGAGUCAAGAAACGGAGGCCGCCUCCUUUUCCGUGACACCUUCCUCUCUCCCCGUUCCUCUCUUUUCCCCGCGCAUUAACUGCCCGCGUCCCCCAUGGCCGCCGCCUCACCAUCUUCCUAUCCCCUCCUCCCCUCCGUCUCUCCUCCGGCUUAACCCUCUUCCUCCCCUUUCCUCCCGUUAACCCCAUUCUUAUACGCGCGCGAUCCCGGCCCAUUCUCCCCCCUAUAGCAUGCCCGCCCCGGCUCUCGGGGUUUGAUCGAGCUUGGUCGCGAUGGAUUCGGUGCCUUCUUCUUCCUCCUCCUACUCCUCCUGGGCCGCGCCCUCCACCGGUGCCGCGGGCUCGGGUUCUUGCGUGUGCAUUGACGCGCUGCGGACGGCGUGCGGCAGGUGCGCCGCCGCCGCCGCGCGCGCGGCCGGGUGGGCGCUCGCCGCGCUGCUCACCUGCGUCUUCGCUGUCGUGGGCUCGCUGGUUGGAAUCUUCAUUGGAGCGUUCAUAGGGAUGUCCACGGAAAGCGGCAUGUUCCGGGGUGCUGGUGUGGGAGCAAUCUCUGGCGCUGUCUUCUCCAUUGAGGCUGUUGAAUCGUGCAUUGAAAUUUGGAGGUCCAGCAAUUCAGGAAAAUACAGUAUUCUCUUUGUGCUGGACAUCAUCUCUAGCCUCUUCAGUGGAAGAAUUGUGUGGGAAAAGGUUAGUCCAGCACUGCAGCGUGCAGUGCAAAGCCAGAUGAGUCUACUGACUACACCAUUCAUCGACAAUAGUGACCUUUUCGAAACUGGCAGUACAGGAGGCAUGUCAAGGGAUUUGAUCAGCAGGAUCCCAAAGAUCAGAUUCAGUGUUGCAAGCACUUGUGAUAAGGAAACUGAUAACAGCUGCUGUUCAGUAUGCCUUCAGGAUUUCGGAGCACAACAAUUUGUGAGGGCCUUGCCUCAGUGCCAACACAUAUUCCACGUGCGAUGCAUCGACAAUUGGCUCCUCAGGCAUGCGUCCUGCCCCCUAUGCCGGGCUGGUGUUCAUAUAGACCACAUACAUAUGUAAAUAAACUCACAGGAUGGCACCUGGUGUAUUUUCAUGGGAGCAAACAUUUCAAAUCAGCAACUACUACAUCAUUAAUUUUCAGAUGGCGAAACUCUCUUGUGGUCUCACAAGGGCAAAGGCUUCUCCCUGAAGUAUUUGAGAAGUAUCUGAGGCAACUGCUGGUCCAGUCAGGUUGGAUGGCGAGUUGUAACACGUUGAAGAAAUGGUGACCCAGUGCCAAGGACCUACUGAAACUUUGUGCCACACUUUCUCCAUCAUGCUGUUUGUAGGGAAAGGGACAUGCCUUCUUACAGACGAAUGGAAGAUGCAACAUGAGCCCAGAAUUGAUGGACACACAUUGCCACAACCAUUAAGCUUUUAAUAUGCACUUCUAUGGGUGUCGUUAGAGAGGUAAAUAGACCACACCGAUCUGCAGGACUCAGGUUUUGAGUCUACAACGUCAGAACUCUUGCUUGGUGUAAAAGGGUUAAGAACCAGACCUAAUGUCAAAAACUCAAGGUAGAAGGAAAGAUGUGAAGUCAAAGUAUAGAAGCAAAGCUCUCACA